AUGUCUAUUGUAUAUAUUAAUAUCUUUUUAGCUUUCACUGUAUCUCUUUUAGGUCUCCUAGUCUAUCGAUCACACCUCAUAUCCUCGCUACUAUGCUUAGAGGGCAUGAUGCUGUCUCUAUUCAUUAUAAUAACUGUAGUAAUCCUAAAUAACCACUUCACACUAGCCAACAUGACUCCAAUCAUCCUUCUAGUAUUCGCUGCCUGCGAAGCAGCCCUGGGCCUGUCCCUACUAGUAAUAGUCUCUAAUACUUACGGAACUGACUACGUACAAAAUCUGAACCUCUUGCAAUGCUAA